GUCAGUCUCUCGAUUUCUCGAACCUUCUUAUCUGACGUUGACGCCCCUCAGAAAAAUCCACUCCCAUUUUAAAUCCCCACCACCAUAUAUCCCUCGAAUUCAUCGUCUUCCUCAGCUCACCAAAAUCCCCAGUCCCGCGCAACCUUCAGCUCUCGGUCUGCGUUAGCUCCUGAAGAAUCGAAGCAAUGGCGGACCUCUUCUUCGGUGGCCCCUUCCGGCGAAUCCUCUACGGGCGGCCCUUCCCGCCGGAUUGGGCGUCGGCGUCGGCGACGGCGGCGAUGGACUGGGUCGAGACGCCGACCUCCCACGUGCUCAGGAUCAACGUCCCGGGACUGGGCAAGGACGACGUCAAGGUGCAGGUGGAGGACGGCAACGUGCUCACCGUGAGGGGCGCGGCGCCGCACGCGGCGGCGGAGAAGGAGAGGGAGAGGGAGAAGGAUGUGGUGUGGCACGUGGCGGAGCGCGGGCGGCCGGAGUUCGCGAGGGAGGUGGCGCUGCCGGCGGAGGUGAGGGUGGAGCAGAUCAGGGCCAGCGUCGACAACGGCGUGCUCACCGUCGUCGUGCCCAAGGAGCCCGCGCCGGCCCGGCCCAGGACCAGGCCCAUCGCCGUCUCCAGCAAGCUCUGAUCCUGAUCAAGCCCGACCCUUUGUGCAUUGUGCGCAAGUGUUUCUGUGUUUGUGAACUGUAGUCGAUUAUAGCAACCAUCAGUCGAAUGUUGUGAAGGGCGAAUGUGUAUUGGAAGUCCAAAUCUUAAUGUUGAAAAUUUUGAAAAAUUUUAGAGGUUUGAAUUACUAGUAUAUCUAUGUAAUAAUCUAAUUAAUAAAGGUGGGUCUUCUGCAAGCUUA